AUGUCGAGCGGCAACACCUACGGAGGCGCUCCUCCUACCGGGUACACGGGCGGUCCUCCGCCUGCACUGCGGCCUGGUGGAUACGUAAGUCGAUCAGUUCAAGACUCGACGUCAUGGCAGAAAACAGGUGUUGACACGCAGCAACAGCAGCAGCAGCAGCAGCAACCGCCGCAGCAGUACCAGGCUUAUCCCGGAACUCCUCCGCCACAAGGUGCAGCCCCAGGAUCGGUAAGCUUCCUUUCGCAACACCCGUCUUGA